GAAAUUCACACUGAUUUUAAGUGAAGUCAGUCCAAACCUGAGUGCCAUACCACUAAUCAGGGCUCGAAUCAAGAAAAUCUGUACAGUGACUCCCAGAGAUCCACCACUAAUGAAGAGAAUCAAAGAACGAAUAAUGAAGAAUAUGGACAAACGAAUCCCCAUGUCAGAUCUGGUUAGAGCCGCUGCAGUGUUUGAUCCAGCUGUCAGAGAUAUCGCUAUGACGAAGGAUGAAAGCAGGGAACUGCUGCAGAAUCUCCAUGAGAAACUGAACUCCUCCAGAUUCAGUUCAACUGUGUUUGGGGUUGGAGAUGAGACGACUACGGAUGGUGGUUCUGGUGGCCCUUCUGGCGGGGAUGGUGACCACGAUGUGGGAGGCAGAGCAAAACGCCUGCGACUAGAAUUGUUAGCAGAGGCGCAAGAAGAUGCAGAAGCUCAUUCUUCAAAUUGUAUCCUUGACCAAGAGAUAGAUGCUUUUCUGGCCAUGAGAACAAGAGACCAAGGAGCACUGGACUUUUGGCGAACCCAUAGCAAUACUUUCCCCAUACUGUCCGCUAUGGCCAGGUGCUACCUCUCCAUUUCACCAGGGAGUGUGCCGGUAGAAUGCAUGUUUAGUUCCACUGGCCUUCUGCUCAAUGGUAAACGAUCAUCACUUGCUCCUUCAAGGUGUAAUAUGAUAAGCUUCAUCCAUGAUAAUGCCAAGUUAUUGUAUACAACUUAGCUUAAUUACAUUUAGCCCAAACACAACACAUUGUAGGCUACUUGAAAGUUAAUAAUGAAAAUGUAGUAGCA